AUGACCGACGAUGCAUCUCCGCCCCAAUCGUCGCCCCAGUCGACGGAGGGAGGUCCGCACCCGGAGAUGCAGAUCAAGGUGUCCUUGAUGUCGGGAAUUGAAAUUGACUUGAGCCUCAGCGGGGACAGCACGAUGUCCGAGCUCAGGGCGAGAAUUGAGAAGAGCUUUGCGACAACAUGGGGGACCAGCGUGCCUGCGGAACUGCAAAAGAUCCUGCUGAACUCAGAGGAGGUGGUGGCCCUCUACGACGUGCCCAUCAAGGAUGCUCUAGGCGAGGCCGUUGAAGGAGAAGAAGUGGCUCUCAUGCUGGUAGCGGGCGAAACCUUUGAGGAAGUGGUGUUGGAAGCUUGGUUUGACAGGGUGAAGUACGACACUCAGGAGGAUUUCUCCCAGCAACUGCCUGCGCGGCUGGUGAAGGAGAAAGUCCUUCGGAAGGGACAUCGCAUGACGGCCUUCCGUUUCCGGGACUGCUUCACUGGAAAGCGGGUGAUGGUGUCCUUCUAUCAGAACGUGCAGAUUCCAAACCGCGACGGGCAACCGCUGCAGAGUCUGGUGAAGGACGUCUUUAUGAUGAAACAUUUGAAGCAUCCGAACUUGGUGCGCCUGUUGGACGUGCCGCCCAUCAGCGAUCCGCACUUCUGCAUGAUCACCGAGUGGAUGGACACGGAUCUGGGGAAUGUGAUCCGCAGCAAGCAGGAGCUUACGGAAGAUCACUGCAGAUAUUUCAUGUACCAGAUCUUGGAAGCAUUGUGCUACUUGCAUUCGGCUGGCGUGGUCUAUUGCAAUCUGACUCCCCACAAGGUGCUUCUGAAGGCCAACUGUGACUUGAAGAUCAAACAGCUGGAAGAUGUGCGAAAGAUGGGCUUUUGCCAGGGCAAUGGCCAUGAGAUCAUUGGAUUUAUGGCAGGCGGCCAUUUUUUCGGAAUCGGCUUCUUUGGGAAAAUGUGGAUGAUGAGCACCUGGCUGUUUCCUUACAAAAACUUCCGAACAUUUCCGAACGGCCCGGAAAUCGGCCCAGCGUUUUCAUCAUGUUCUAUGAUCAUUCCGUUUUUCGUCUUGUUGAAAUCUUGGCAUUUGCCACAUGUUUACACUCAUGGCGGUUUCUUUUGGCAUUUCAUUUCCGUUGGGGUUUAUGAAAAAUUACGAAAGCCAGCUAGCUGGCUAGUUGCUGUUUGCGAACGAAGUGAGAAUAGGGGGUGUGGGGGGGGGGGUUGCCGAAAGGGAACGAAAUCUCGCCGUGCCCCUGUGUUGAGCGCCAGAAAACGGAGCAUUUUGCUGGAUUAUGUACCACUAGGCAAUUUGCUGACGGUGGGGUAUCGAUUCCCCCUAGGUCCGCCUUUUUGGUGGCCGGAGAGACCAUGA